GUCGAACGUUACUGUAUACUCGAUAGUUUCCCUAUGUUACCACUGCAUGUUCUGUGCAAUGUUGACAACCGAAUAAAUGAGCACGCUGGGAAGGAAACGGGAUUUGGCGAGGAUGAUUCCAAGACGUACGAAGCUCUGUUCGCGGCUGAUAAAUCAGAUUCAGCCAUGUUUAGUGACGUUCUACAAAAUGAACACUUUCCUACAACCUUCACUACGCAGAAUAACAGAUUGCUGGCAGAGUUGUUAACUCAUACCCAUUUGCCUGGACUAUCAGAUAUUGAACAAAUGCAUCUGCUCGCUAUCGCUGACACACUCAGUCAGUUUUCCAGUGAUUUGAUGAACUUUUCGAUUGAGGGCACUGCAGUGGAAUUACUUCUAGGUGAUGUUCGCAGAUGCGCAGCAGCGCCGUCUGGGAUAGCAGCUGUAGAUGAAUGUGGACAGCGCUAUCUGAUGGCGUUAAAACGGCAUGAAUAUUUGCUGCUCCACUUACCAGAAAAGGAAAGAAUGGUUUUGAAGGCAAGAAGACGCGACAGCUCCAUUAAUCUCAAAACCAUGUUCUUUUUCCAGGUGGCUGGUCUUGCCUCAGCCGACAUCAUCUGGGCUCUGCAUUCUGAAACCGAAACAGAACUGUUGAAUGCGAUCUCCUUUUCGCAAAAAGCCAAUCCAACCUGGGAUGAACUGAGGAGCCUCGGCGUUGGCUGGUGGCUGAAGAGCACGGCUAGCCUCAAAGUUUGCGUUGAGAAGAUUGUCCUAGAUGUUGAGCUCUGUUCAGCUUCGUGUUUCCAGCUUGGCAAAGUCGCGUUCCAACAAAAUCAGGAUCCGAUGGACUCAUCA